CGAGCGCGUUUUGGAGCGCAGCACUGGAGACGCUUUUCCCCCCAGAGAAGUUGAGGCGUGAUUGGAAACGAACGCAGAUCAUGGGACCGAUCAUCAGUCUGCAAACUUUACGAACUUUAAUAAUGAUAAACUGGUGACUAAGCUGCCAUGGACUCUCAGUAUAUAAAGACACAUCUGGGAACAUGUCUGGCGCAGGGACUCGCUGAAGUGGCCGAGCAGCGGCCGGCCAACCCCAUCCUGUAUCUGGGCCACUGGCUCUACAAGUACAACGCAAAUGUAAAAUACGAGGCUGAGAAAAAAGCUCAUUUGGAAAUCCUGGAGCAGGAGCGACUGAAGGCCAGAGAGGAGAUGUUGCAUCAGGAGAGGCUAAAGGAGGAAGAGCGCAAACUUAGUGAGGCCUUGGAUGAAGCUGGAAAACCCUCAGAGGACCAGCCAGUAGUACCCGACGAACCCACUCCAGCCUCAACAGAAUCUACUGAGGACAACAAACCUGGGACAGAAGAGAAUCCAAAAACUCCUGAUCCUGAAAACCAGCAGGACACUGAUAUUCACCAAGCGGAAGCUGCCACUGAACCAGAGGUGGUUACUGAUACUUUAACAAGUACAGAAACACCAGUGGACGAGGUCAAAGAGGACGCGGAGCUGCCGGCAGAACAAAGUGAAGUGGAGCUCGUGAGCGAGCAAACAGAAGAGACAACAGAGUUGGAGCCAAGUGCCAGUUCUGUGGAGGAUAAAACUGAAGACGAGACGUGCACCAAUCAAGUAGUGGACGAACAAGUUGGCGAAAACGAGGUUAAGGAGACAGACGGGCAACGCACGGGUGAGACCCCACACGGCCCGACUCCACUGGAGAGUGAUGAAACAGCAGAGGGGGCAGCAUCCAAUGAGAAUCCAGAGCCUCUUUCUGACCAGGAAGAGUCCAAAGAGAAGGGAGAAGAAAACGAUGAAGCAUGAUCAAACCUGUGUCUGAUUGUCCAAUCCUUCACAAACCUUAGUGAAAUUUCCAAACUCUCAAUUCUGAUUUGAUUUUUUUCAUCAACCUUAACUACAUGUUAGAUGUACUGUACAGAUUAGUAUGUUUCGUGGCUUUAUUACUCUGAUAACGGUGUAUUAUCCACGGAGCCACGAUGCCUGAACCUAAUAAAACAGUUUGUUGUUAUUGUUCACGGCCUCGAGAAGCUGUUGGAUGUCGGACCUUCAAGGAGAUCUGGAGAUGAAUCAAUAAACAUAAAUGUCAUCUUAA